AUGCCGACGGAAGUUGAGGGACUCCUCAACCUCCAAAUCAAGCUUGCGAGAGUCAAGAAAACUUUGAAGAAAUGGAAUAAGGAGGUCUUUGGGAAUAUUCAUUCCAACCUUAGGGGCAUGGAAGAGAAAAUAGCGAUGGCCCAAGCUGAUUUCAAAGAUAGGCCGUCACCCGAAAAUAGAAUGGAAAUCAACAAACUCAUUGCCGAGUAUAUUUGCCUCCUCAGAAUGGAGGAAGACUUCUGGCGCCAAAAAGCAAUGCUACGAUGGCUCACGGAGGGAGAUAAGAAUACUAGAUUUUAUCAAAGUUGGGUUAAGCAAAAGAGAAUUCGGAUGCGCAUCCACAAGAUCAACCUUGAUGGACGCGAAGUAUCGGAUGUAGCGGAGAUCAAGAACUCGGCGGUGCAAUUCUUCCAAAAGCUCCUUGCCCCAGAACCUAUGUUGCUGGUGGAGCCGGACCUUAGCCUCAUAAAUCAACUCCCUCCCUCGGUUGACAUGAGUUCCUUGGUUAGAGAACCGAAAGCGGAGAAGGUUAAACGAGCUGUCUUUGGCAUCUCGGGUGAUAGUGCACCAGACCCGGAUGGCUUCACGGCCACUUUCUUCCAAGCAUGCUGGGGAAUUAUUGGACGGGAUGUGGUCGCAGCAAUUUGCUAA